AUGGACCAACAUCCAAAGGACGGUCACACGGGAGGCCAUGGCGAAAUCUGCUUCCGUCCUACAGACAGGUCUGUGGUUGAGAGCGUAUCAACAUCAAGUCCGCUGCUGAGGACUCUGGCCAAGAACCUUCUCUGUCCGUUCACGCACCCGCGGCGCUUCUUCGCGACCAAGCCCGUGUUUGUGGUGUGGACUCUGUACGCAGCCACGUAUCUCACGGCCAACGUGACAGAGACGGUGUCUGACAAGUACUUCGCCAUCGAGAAGGCCCUGACUGGCACCAUCGUCUCCACGGCCGUCUUCAUAGUCAACACGCCCCUCGGCGUCUGGAAGGACGUCCGCUUCUCCCAGCUCUUCAGCGCGCCCCAGGAGCCGGAGCCAAAGACGGCCAGGAUCUCGCGCGCCGCAGCGUCGGCGCAGACAGGGGCCGGGAGCCCCAAGACCAUCUCUCCCCAGGCAGCCGCGCCCAGGAAGAUGCCCACCUCCGCGACGGCGGCCUUCCUCAUGCGCGACAUCAUCACCGUCUUCGGCUCCUUCGCCCUCGCGCCCCAGGUGUCGGCCAUCAUCCCGGACUCGCUCGCCCGCACCGCGCAGGCCAAGGCGUCGGCCUCCCAGCUGCUCGUCCCCGCGCUGACGCAGGUCGUGGCCACGCCCGUGCACCUCCUCGCGCUCGACAUCUACGGCCGGCCGGGGCGCUUCGGGUUCGUCAGCCGGGCCGGCAAGGCGCGCGAGAAGCUUGCCUCGACCACGGUCAUGCGGCUGGUGGUGCUGGAGAGGGGAUGGGACGUUGAAGGGCAGGCUUAG